AUGGAACCGCCAACCGUCGAAACCGCCGUCGUCGUCUCGGCGCUCGUCUUCAUAACGACCUUUAUCCAGCGGCAUUUCCGCUGGACCUCCCCCGACGCAGAGGCGCACCACGAGCCGCGCAGCGCCGACGAGUACGUCGAGGACUCGAGCGACUCGGAGUUUGGCGUCGAGCCGCCCGACGAGGACGCGGAGCAUCAUCACAACUAUGGGCAUGCGCGGGGCCAUGUCUGCGACAAGGAGAGCGCGAGCAUUGCUGCUGCUGCGCUUGGUGCGGCGACCUCUCGAGAGACCACGUCCUACGUCAUGCCCACCAUCACCACCCCGACACCCUAGACAUUGAUCGCGACCGCCUUGUCGUCGCCGCCCCCGACACGCUGUAGACCACCAUGCAUGUAACUUAGCAGAG